AUGCUCUUUUCCGCUUUGCUCGCGGGCGUUUUUGCCUCGUCCGCCCUGGCCUCGCCUCUCUUGGAGGAUCGCGCCACCUGCACUUUCACUGAUGCGAAGACGGCUAUUAAGAGCAAGAAAACCUGCUCCAAGAUCUACCUCAAGAACAUUGCUGUUCCCGCCGGCACUACUCUCGACAUGACUGGCCUCGCCAGCGGCACUCAGGUCAUCUUCCAAGGCAAGACAACUUUCGGCUACAAGGAAUGGAGUGGUCCCUUGAUCUCCUUCAGCGGCAGCAACAUUGUCAUUGACGGCGAGUCGGGCCACACGAUUGACUGCGAGGGCCAGCGUUGGUGGGAUACCAAGGGCUCCAAUGGUGGCAAGACCAAGCCCAAGUUCUUUUCCGCGCACAGCCUAAAGAACUCGCAUAUCAACAACCUCAACGUCAAGAACACGCCUGUUCAGGCUUUCAGCAUCAACAGCGUCAACAAGCUCUAUGUGGAUAACGUGCACAUUGAUAACAGCCUGGGCGACAGCAAGGGUGGUCACAACACUGAUGGCUUCGACGUUGGCAGCUCCGAUGGCGUUUAUAUUACCAAUGCGGUAGUGAAGAACCAGGAUGACUGUAUUGCUAUCAACUCCGGCACCAACAUCGAGUUCAGCGGCGGAACCUGCUCUGGCGGCCACGGCCUCUCCAUCGGCUCUGUCGGUGGUCGCUCCGACAAUGUUGUCAAGGGUGUGAACAUCCACGGCACCAAGGUCAUCGACUCAGACAAUGGUGUUCGAAUCAAGACUGUCUACGGUGCUACUGGCUCAGUCUCUGAUAUCACCUACUCGAGCAUCACGCUCACCAACAUUGCCAAGUACGGCAUUGUCAUUGAGCAAGACUACAAGAACGGCUCCCCUACUGGCUCCCCUACCUCGGGCGUCCCCAUCACGGGCGUCACCAUCAAGGGCGUUACCGGAAGCGUCAAGUCGGGCGGCCAGAAUGUGUAUAUCCUCUGCGCUUCAUGCAAGAACUGGACCUGGAGCGGCAACAAGGUCACCGGUGGCCAGAAGGAGAAGAAGGCGUGCAAGGGUAUUCCCAGCGGCGCUUCCUGUUAA